ACGCCCAUCUCUAUCUAAACAACACAGCAGUCAGCACAGUCACAUUUUGGGUUGGGAUACAUUACAUUACAUCAAAUUAAUUGUAAUAAACCCGUUUGACUAAAGCAAUACAUCUAAAAACGUAGUGGUUAUAUUCUCUUCACAUACAACUACUAGGUACGUUUUUAUGCUUGAUGAAAAUAGUGUCGAAGAAAUGAAAGAGACAUUAUAUUUAAAGGUUAAGAACUGAAGAAAUAAAUAUUUCAUUAUUGAUUGAUUGAUCUAAGAUUGUGUACCAAUUCAUUACCAGUCGGAGAUGUUAUUUUGCCCAACUUGUGCAAACAUAUUGAUGGUUGAAGAAGCCCCAGAAAGUGGGCUUAGGUACGCCUGUAACACGUGUCCCUACAUAUAUAACAUUAGGAAGAGAGUUAUAUCGCGGACUUUCCCUAAAUUGAAGGAGUUGGACUAUAUUAUGGGCGGUGCAGCCGCUUGGGACAACGUAGACUCUACUGAUGCUGUCUGCCCUAAAUGUGGACAUGGAAGAGCAUUUUUCAUGCAACUUCAGACUCGGUCCGCGGAUGAACCCAUGACAACAUUCUACCGCUGCUGCAACCACAAGUGUGCCCAUAACUGGCGGGAUUAA